AUGCAGGGUGAGGAGUGGUCAGCAGCGCCUGAUUCUGGUCCUGCAGGACUGGAGAAAGCAGAGACGGAGCAUGAAGCAGAAGAGAGCCCCACAACCCUGGUGCAGGAGGUCAGCCAGUGUCCAGCUAAUGUACCCUCCAUGGUACCAGCAACCAGCUGCAGCAGUCUGAAUGGAGAGGAGCCAUUCUGCCGGAUUUGUCACGAAGGCCACAGUGCCGGGGAUCUUUUAUCUCCGUGUGAGUGUGCAGGGACGCUGGCCAUGGUGCACCGUGUGUGUCUGGAACACUGGCUAACCGCCUCCGGCACCAGCCACUGCGAGCUCUGCCACUUUGAGUUUGCGCUGGAGCGCCUGCCAAAGCCUCUGACUGAGUGGCUGGCCGCUCCAUCCAUGCAGCACCAGAGGCGGACACUGUGCGGGGAUGCGAUCUGCUUCCUAUUCAUAACUCCACUGGCCAGUCUGUCCGGCUGGCUGUGCGUGCAGGGGGCCAUGGACCUCUACUACAGCAAUGGCAUGGAGGCGUUCGGACUCAUAGUGCUCACACUGGCCCUCUUCACCAUCUACUUCUUCUGGACUGUUGUGUCCCUGCGUUACCAUGUCCACCUGUUCAGGACCUGGAGUGAGACCAACCCCAGAGUGAGGCUGCAGAUUCCCCCACCUAAACAGACCCCCCAGUGCCAACAAAACCCAGCACUGCACUUUCUGUGCAAGGACAAAGGCAAGGAGACGGUAGUGUAG